AUGGCCACCGCAACCACGCCGGAUCUGACGGCAAAGAAGGUCAAUGUGCUUGUAUACUCUGGAAAUGGAACCACAGUGGACUCGGUCCGCCACUGCCUCUACACCCUGCGUCGUUUGCUCUCGCAUCGGUAUGCUGUGAUCCCAGUCACGGAGGAUAUGCUGGUCAAGGAGCCAUGGACAGCAAACUGCGCGUUGCUGGUUAUUCCCGGAGGUGCAGAUUUGGGGUACUGUCGCUCGCUCAACGGUGAAGGGAACCGGAAGAUCGAGCGGUUUGUACGCAGGGGAGGCGCCUACCUGGGGUUCUGUGCAGGGGGAUACUACGGCUCCAAGCGGUGUGAGUUCGAGGUUGGCGACAAGACAAUGCAGGUGGUUGGCGACCGCGAGCUUCCCUUCUUCCCGGGGAUCUGCCGCGGCGGUGCUUUCCCGGGCUUCGUAUACCACAGUGAGGCGGGUGCCCGUGCCGCCGAGCUCAAGGUCUCCAAGGAGGUGCUGAACCAAGGAGCCGUGCCCGAUACGUUCCGGUCAUACUACAAUGGAGGCGGGGUCUUCGUGGACGCACAGCUGUAUGCCGACAAGGGAGUCGAAGUGCUGGCAAGUUACACCGAGGAGCUCAAUGUACACCCUGGCGAAGGUGCUGCGGCAGUCGUCUACUGCAAAGCCGGCGACGGUGCGGCCAUUCUCACAGGGCCUCAUCCGGAGUUCGCCGCAGCCAAUCUUGACAAGUCAGCGGGAGGACCCGAGUAUGCCCACUUAGUCGACGCGUUGGCGGCCGAUGAUAAGUCGCGGACAGACUUCCUCAAGGCCUGUCUAUCCAAGCUAGGCCUAGACGUUGCCCAGGAUACGACAACAGUACCUUCUCUAUCGUCGCUGCACCUAUCUUCGGCAGAUCCUGAGAGCACCUCACAGAUUCUUACUCGCCUUGAAGAGGUCAUCGUCAGGGAGGACGGGAAAGAGUACCUGAAGGAUGAGAAUGAUAAGUUCUGCAUCGAGAGGCCUGGUGUGUGGAAUCUGAAUGAAUUGGGCGAGUCCCUUCCUGCCCAGUCCAAAGAGCAGGAGACAGAGGCAGCGGUGGGGAAAAUCGUCGACUAUAAUGCCAUCCUCAAGCGAUUGGUGGUCCACGACGACACCCCGCCCUCCAAGAUGACACCGUAUUUCAACCACCAUGCUUUCUACUCCAACUUGAGCGAAUACCGUUCCCAGUCCAGGGAGGGCGCGUCGGAAUUUGGCUCUGAUAUCUUGUAUGCGGAGGUUAUCACGAGCACCAACACUAUUUUGGAAAAGAACCCCCAAUUCCUUCGACGCCUCCCUAAUGGCCUCACUGCAACGGCCACCGUCCAAGUGGCAGGGAGAGGGCGUGGUUCAAACGUCUGGGUAUCACCAGCGGGUGCUCUCAUUUUCUCCACAGUGAUCCGACACCCGAUCGAGAAGAUGCAAUCCGCUCCUGUCGUCUUUAUUCAGUAUUUAGCGGCUAUGGCCGUGGUCAAGGGUAUCAAGAGCUACGACAAGGGCUUUGAGAAAAUGCCCGUGAAACUCAAGUGGCCUAACGAUAUCUACGCUCUUGACCCCGAGAAACCCGAUACGAGCCAGUACAGCAAGAUGGGCGGCAUCCUGGUCAACUCGCACUACUCGUCAACAGAAUACAUCUCUGUCGUGGGUGUCGGGAUCAACGCAACCAAUGCCUCGCCGACAACGUCACUGAACGCCCUGCGCGAACGGUUUUUGCCUCGCAACGCAGCGCCGAUCACACUCGAAAAACUGCUGGCGCGCAUCCUGACCUCGUUCGAAGAGCUAUACACGCGCUUCCUGCGCACAGGCUUCGACAAGGAGUUCGAAGAGCUUUACUACGACGACUGGCUGCACAUGCACCAGGUCGUCACGCUGGAGGAACAGGGAUGCGCCAAAGCACGCAUCAAGGGCAUCACGCGCGACUACGGCCUUCUUCUCGCCGAGGAGCUGGGUUGGAAUGACCGGCCGACGGGGCGGAUCUGGCAGCUACAGAGCGACAGUAACAGUUUUGACUUCUUUCGUGGCUUGGUCAAACGGAAGGUUUAG